AUGCAGCCACCAGCGUUGAACUUCACUCCGCAAUCAGACCGUAUAUUGAACCCCCUAGCAUGUGACACGCCGUCCCAACCACACGCUCCGCAUCAGCAGCUGCUCUCCCCUACUGCGCACCACCCCCUAUUGCCUCCCCCCGCCGCAAUACCCCGCCCUCCCCCACGUGGGGCCGUUCAAUGGGUGGCAUUUCUGCUGCAGCAGUUCCAGCAGGGGAUGGAGCGGGGCAGAGAGCAGAGCCAGGAGCAGGGGAGGGGGGAGAAGCACGUGUGGUGCCAGGCCUGUGGAAGGCAGCACUGCGGCAGUGCUGGUGGGGCGGGCAGUAGGGGCAAGUGCGCUGAGAGUGACAGUGAUGGCGGGGGAGUGGCAGGAGCAGGGGAAGGCAGAGUCGGAGGAGGGGGAGGUGGGGGAGGUGUUGUGGCAGCAGGUCCGGAGUUGAAGCUUGGAAGCCUGUCAUGUCUCACUGUGGCUGACCUUGAAUUGGGCCUUGCUCAUUUCAAUGCCUGCAAUACCACCAAUAACAACGGCAGCAACAGUCGCUUCCGUCGCUUCCACUCCUUCUGGCCCGUAGCCUCCUCGCCGGCCCCUCCUCCCAUGACCGAGGAAGAGGACGACGAAGCCCACCGUCGCGUGGUCGGCUGGCAGCUAUCAGUCAAGCGACGCCGCCCGCUACUGGGCGGCAGCAGCAGCGCAAGCUGCAACUCUGGUGCUACUGGCAGCAGCACUGGUGGUGGAACUUGUAGCAGCAACGGUAAUUCUGGGGGGUCAUUGGGCAGUGGCGCUGGUGAUGUGGGCUUGACAGCACUGCAGAAGGCGCAUGCAGAUUCUGAUGGUGGAGGUGGCCAAAGGCUUGGUGCACACCGAGAUGCCACGUACCAUGGAGAUGAUAUGUGUUGCAAAGAUGACACCAGGUGUUUUAAAGACCACACGUGCUUCACAGGAGACGAGAGCGGAUGCGAUCCAGAUGACACGUGGUCCGGCAGGUGGAGGGGCCAUGGGAGGCCCUGUGCUGACGUGACGGUGGGUGAGUCAGCAGCGGAUCAGCUGUGGGCAGCAGUGGAGGAGCUUCUGGAGUGCCCCGUGUGCUGCAUGGAGCUGUCUGCUCCCAUUUACCAGUGUCACAGGGGCCAUGUGAUAUGCUCCGCCUGCAUGAGCCACCUGGCGCACCAUUCCUGUUCGCCUUCCAAGCCUGUAGAUGGUGCUGUUGCAUCAGAUUGCCAUGUGGGGACCAAAGCUGCGGCAGACUGGCCGUCUGGGACAGCAGCAGGGUGGGUGACUGGGACCACAGCAAGCUGGGUCACAGGCACAGAAGCAGUGGCACCACUGGCUGCUGCGUCACGAGCAGGGGCUGUCUCACUGUUACAUGCAACAAGCUCUCCUCUGUUUGAGCCAGGUCGUGAUAGCAGCCAAGGCAUUCCUCCCCAAAGCAACUCUGUGAGGUCAAGGGGUCAGAAUUCUGGUGUAGCAACUGCCGUUGUUGGCAUUUUCUUCGCGAUUUUCCAAUGGUUCAUGGUCUCUCGCAUCCGCGUUGGCGGUGCUCCGGACGGCCAGUACGGACUUUUGGAAGAUGGGACUGCAGACACUGUACUCCAGCAGGUUUCCGAAAUCCAAUCCGCCAUUUCCAUGGGUGCCGAGUCGUUCUUGACCACGGAGUACAAGUACCUGGCAGUUUUCAUGAGCGGCUUUUCCGUGAUCAUCUUUCUCUUCCUUGGAUCUGUUGACAACUUCAAUAAGGAGGGUAUUGCCAACGCUGGUUUCAGCACCUUGGCCUUCAUCCUCGGAGCUCUGACAUCGACGGGUUCUGGAUACCUCGGCAUGAAAAUUGCUACUUACGCUAACGCAAGGACCACCUUGGAAGCCAGGAAGGGAAUUCCUGCAGCAUUCGUGGCUGCUUUCCGCGCUGGAUCGGUCAUGGGCUUCCUCCUGUCGGCGAACGGACUGCUUGUGUUGUUCCUGACCGUUCUUGCGUACAGAAAGUAUUACGGCGAUGACUGGGCCGGGUUGUACGAGUCCAUCACAGGUUACGGCCUUGGUGGUUCAUCUGUGGCCCUGUUUGGUCGUGUUGGUGGUGGUAUUUACACCAAGGCUGCUGACGUUGGCGCGGAUCUUGUGGGCAAGGUUGAAAGGAACAUUCCCGAGGACGAUCCCAGGAAUCCUGCUGUAAUUGCUGACAACGUGGGAGACAAUGUGGGUGACAUUGCUGGCAUGGGUUCUGACCUGUUCGGUUCUUUUGCCGAGUCGACCUGCGCGGCCCUUGUGAUCUCGGCUCUUUCUCAGCCUGGGAAGGACCAUGAUUUCUCCGCCAUGUGCUUCCCUCUUCUGGUCAGCGGUGCCGGUAUUCUCGUGUGCCUGAUCACAACCAUCAUCGCUACGGAUAUCCAACAAGUGCGGGAGAAGGCGGAGAUUGAACCGGCAUUGAAGAAGCAGCUGGUGAUCUCCACUGUUCUGAUGACUCCCGUGAUCUUCCUCGUUGCGUUCUACGCUCUUCCGCCUACCUUCAAGAUCACUGUCGUUGGUCAGGGUGACAAAGUCGUUCAGAACUGGUUCGCAUUCGCGUGCGUCGCUUCCGGGCUUUGGGCUGGACUCCUCAUCGGUUUUGUCACCGAGUACUUCACGAGCAAUGCCUAUGUGCCUGUUCAAGACGUUGCUGACUCUUGCCGUACUGGUGCGGCCACUAACAUCAUCUUUGGCCUUGCACUUGGCUACAAGUCGGUUAUCAUUCCUGUGUUCGCUAUUGCUGCGGCAAUCUACGUGAGCUUCCAGUUUGCUGGCAUGUACGGCAUUGCCCUGGCUGCUCUUGGCAUGCUGAGCACUCUUGCAACUGGUCUGGCCAUUGAUGCCUAUGGGCCAAUCAGUGACAAUGCUGGUGGUAUUGCUGAGAUGGCGGGCAUGGGUGAGGAGAUCCGUGAGCGCACUGAUGCCCUCGAUGCUGCUGGAAACACCACUGCAGCUAUUGGCAAGGGCUUCGCCAUUGGUUCUGCUGCACUUGUGUCCCUUGCUCUGUUUGGAGCUUAUGUGAGCCGGGCCAAGGUUAACGUUGUCAAUGUGACUGAGCCGCAGGCCUUUGUUGGACUCCUUGUUGGUGCUAUGCUGCCCUACUGGUUCUCUGCCAUGACCAUGAAGAGUGUGGGGAAGGCUGCUCUUGCAAUGGUGGAGGAGGUUCGUCGCCAGUUCAACACCAUGCCUGGCCUGAUGGAGGGAACCACGAAGCCGGACUACAAGAAGUGUGUGGAGAUCUCGACUGCUGCUUCUCUGCGUGAGAUGAUUCCUCCUGGCGCGCUUGUGAUGCUGAGCCCUGUGAUUGCGGGAACCCUGUUUGGAACCACGACGCUGGCCGGCAUGCUUGCGGGUGCACUGGUGUCUGGCGUCCAGAUUGCCAUUUCUGCGUCCAACACUGGAGGUGCAUGGGACAAUGCCAAGAAGUACAUUGAGGCUGGCAACUCCGCUCAUGCCAAGAGCCUUGGACCCAAGGGCUCUGAUCCCCACAAGGCUGCAGUUAUUGGCGAUACUGUUGGUGAUCCCCUGAAGGACACAUCAGGCCCGUCCCUGAACAUUCUGAUCAAGCUGAUGGCUGUGGAGUCGCUGGUGUUUGCCCCCUUCUUUGCUGCUCAUGGUGGCAUCAUCUGGGGUGGCAGGUAG